GAUGACGGGGACGAGGAAAAGAGAGCGAGAGAGACGGGAGAGGCGCCAUGGCGAUGCGAGCAGCUGCGGCGGCGGCGGCGGCGGCAGGCUUCUUCUCUCCCUCCUCUGUCUCCCCGAGGCGCUUCCUCUCCGCCACACCACCGGCAUCACUCUCCACCGGGCGCUGCAUCCAUCGCCAUCGUCUCCGCGCCUUCCCAAAUUCAUUGCAGAUUCGGAGUUAACUCUGGAGGAACUCAACCCAUCCGUCGAUCUACUCAGGAAAACUGCUGAGGCUGUCGGCGAUUUCAGGAAAACACCUAUCUAUAUCGUUGGCAUGGAUUGUACAGCCAAGCGCAACAUCACCAAGCUCCUUGCCAAUUCCAUCAUAUACCGCUACCUCUGCAGCGAGGAACUGCUCGAGGAUGUUCUUGGAGGCAAGGACGCCCUCAGAGCCUUCCGGGAAUCUGAUGGAAAGGGCUACCUCGAAGUUGAGACCGAAGGGUUAAAGCAGCUGACAUCCAUGGGUAGCCUUGUGCUUUGCUGUGGGGAUGGCGCUGUCAUGAACUCAACCAAUCUGGGGCUGCUGAGGCAUGGUGUCUCCAUUUGGAUUGAUGUUCCUCUCGAAAUGGUGGUGAACGAUAUAUUGAAGAGCACAGGAACACAAGCCAUUACAGAUCCAGACUCUUUUUCUCAGGCAAUGAGCAAGCUCCGUCAGCAGUAUGAUGAACUGAAAGAGCGCUAUGGAGUUUCUGAUAUUACUGUUUCAGUACAAAAUGUGGCUUCUCAGCUGGGCUACAGCAGUGUGGACUCAGUGACCCUUGAGGACAUGGUCCUUGAAAUUGUGAGGCAAAUUGAGAGGCUGAUCCGAACGAAGGCAAUGAUGGAAGCUGCUGGGAGGCCCUUCUAGGCUAGAGGCGCAAGAUUUCGCUUCGGCAUAUAUAUUUUCUCCAAUUGUCCGAGCCUAGACAUCUGGCUCUUUCAUGAAGCUAAUUGCAGAUUUGCAGUUAGCCUAUGAAUCAAGGACAAGCAUUUGAAAUCCGAGGAAAUGAAGCAUGAUGUUUCAUUCGAAUAUGUUCAUUUGUAGUGGACGGUUGACCGGCAUUUUAUAGCGCAUUUCUGUGUAAAUCCGCCACAGCGCAUCAAGUAUCAGAACGAGAAAAAAAUACUGUGUAGCAGUGAAACUGGCAAAUUUUCUUGCUUGUAAAUGGCCCGGUGGCCAAACAACCAGGGAAUUUUUCUGGUAGAGAAACUUUGAUAAUCCUUUUGCGAUGCACAGGAUUGUCAGGUUAA